AUGAUGGAGAAUCGAAAUCUGGACGUCACCCUUCAGUACGCCAGGGAUCUGAGCAACGUCAACCUCAUCUCCAAGAUGGAAGUCUACGCCCUCGUUUCCAUCUCCGGCGGCGACAAAUCCGCCAAGCAGCAGACCAAGUCGCCGCCCGACCGCCACGGCGGGUCCAACCCCACCUGGAAUUUCCCGAUGAAACCUCUCGACGAGAACGAAACCACCCUCGUCUUCAACAAGCUCCACAAAUUCGUCGGAAACAAUCUCAAGAACAUCGCAUUAGAUUCACAAUCCCACGAAGGGCCCGACCCGAAUCCGGGCCGGUACUGCUUCCGUCUCCAGAAGAACCGGGUCUACUAUGUAUCCGAAUCCCUGGUCAAGCGCGCCACCAACGUCAAGCGCGAGAAGCUGAUCUCUCUCGGAACCCAAAUCGGCAAGUUCACCAAAGCCGGAAAAUUUCACCUCACGAUCCAGAGCCUCAACCUCCUGGCCGCAAACGCGAAGCACAAGGUGUGGCUGAAGCCGACGUCUGAGAUGAGCUUCUUGUACGGGAACAGCGUGUUGAAAGGCGGCGUGGGCAGGAUCACUGAGAGCAUUCAGGUGAACGACGGGGUGGUUGUCUUUUCCAUGGCGGAUGUGCCGCUUGGGUUCGGGGACGCCGCCAAGAGCACGGUCGAUUGCCGGAAGAUGGAUCCUAACGGGAUUGUGGUGCAUCGACAUGCGGAUAUCGGAGAGUAUCUAAGGAUGGAGGAUGAGCUGUAA